GAAACUAUUCCGGUGUAUGUGAGGCCUUCGUUUCCCGGUUGUAGAUAGGGAUAAGAGUACUGCUGCGACUGCAACCGCAUCGUUCCCCUUCCUCCGUUUCGCGUAGCUCUCCCCAAUCCCCUUCUCGUCCUCAUCCUUACCCUUCGCCUCCAUGGCUUCCAUCACUACCAUGGUCGGAGCCCAAAAGGCUCUCCUUCCCUCAUCUUACGCAAAGCCUAGAACCCCCAAAUCCCCUGCAAUCUCCUCCUCCAACACCAAUUACCUCUCCUCUUCCUUCUCUUUGUCCACUGGUAACUUGUGCUACGACACCGCCGCUUCCUCUCAGCAGCGACUCCGCCGCGGCAGCGGUGGCCUGCUCGUCGUCCGAGCCGCCCGCGGCAAGUUCGAGCGCAAGAAGCCGCAUGUGAACAUCGGCACCAUUGGGCACGUCGACCACGGCAAGACCACGCUCACCGCCGCUCUUACCAUGGCCCUCGCUGCCGUCGGCGGCUCCUCCCCCAAGAAGUACGACGAGAUCGACGCCGCCCCCGAGGAGCGCGCCCGCGGUAUCACCAUCAACACCGCCACCGUCGAGUACGAGACCGAGUCCCGCCACUACGCCCACGUCGACUGCCCCGGCCACGCCGACUACGUCAAGAACAUGAUUACCGGUGCUGCCCAGAUGGACGGCGCCAUCCUCGUCGUCUCCGGCGCUGACGGCCCCAUGCCCCAGACCAAGGAGCACAUCCUCCUGGCCAAGCAGGUCGGUGUGCCCAACAUGGUGGUCUUCCUCAACAAGCAGGACCAGGUGGACGACGAGGAGUUGCUCCAGCUCGUCGAGCUCGAGGUUCGCGAGCUCCUGUCCUCCUACGAGUUCCCCGGCGACGACGUCCCCAUCAUCUCCGGCUCUGCUCUCCUCGCCCUCGAGGCCCUUAUGGCCAAUCCCAGCAUAAAGCGCGGUGAAAACAGCUGGGUAGACAAGAUCUACGAACUCAUGGACUCCGUCGAUAGCUACAUCCCCAUCCCGCAGCGGCAGACCGACCUCCCCUUCCUCCUAGCCGUCGAAGAUGUCUUCUCCAUUACCGGCCGUGGGACCGUCGCCACCGGGCGAGUCGAGCGUGGCACGAUAAGGAUCGGUGAGACCGUCGACAUUGUAGGUCUCCGGGAGACGCGGAACACCACGGUCACCGGUGUCGAGAUGUUCCAAAAGACGCUCGAUGAUGCACUGGCCGGAGACAAUGUCGGCCUACUCCUCCGUGGUGUGCAGAAGGCCGACAUCCAGCGGGGCAUGGUUCUUGCCAAGCCCGGCACCAUCACGCCGCACACCAAAUUCGUUGCCAUUGUCUAUGUCCUUAAGAAAGAGGAGGGUGGGAGGCACUCGCCUUUCUUUUCGGGGUAUAGACCUCAGUUCUACAUGAGGACCACGGAUGUCACGGGCCGUGUCACCAGCAUUAUGAACGACAAGGAUGAGGAGGCCAAGAUGGUCAUGCCCGGAGACCGUGUCAAGAUGGUGGUUGAACUCAUUGUGCCUGUUGCCUGUGAGCAGGGAAUGCGGUUCGCUAUCAGGGAGGGCGGGAAGACCGUCGGUGCUGGUGUCAUCCAAUCCAUCAUUGAAUAAAAUUCUGAGUGUAAAACUAGUUUGGCCUUCUUUAUUGCAGGGGCUGCUUCACUAAGUUCUAGUGUUUGAGGUAGUAAGUCUUGCAAAUUAAAGACCAAACAUAUGAUCAGGUUGCAACCCAAGGGAGGCUCAGCUCUGCAUUGUCAUAUAUUCUGCAGUUUUGUUACUUUUGAAUUUACUUCUUUUUGCACUAA